AUGCAAGCAGAGUUCAAAACUAGCAUCAAUGAUUACCUUGAACAGCUUCCAAAUCACAUGCGGUUGUAUCAGAAACCUGCAACGUGUUUAGCCAUUUUUCGUCUACUGCCAAUUAUUGCCCGACAAUAUGUGAUGGCUAUGCUCUUCAAUCCUUCCCCAGUUGCGUUAAACGACUUUGAUUUGUGGACAAAAUUAUCAAGCAAGGUUUAUCAAACGGAGUCGUUUAAUAAACUUGUUAGAAUGCACAUUUUUCAAGUUGAUGGUCAAAAUGUGAUUUUAAAUUCAGAAUUUCGCCAACAAUUCAUCACGGCACUUACCGGAGGUGGAACACACAAUUCUUUUGGUGUGCCUUGUAUAGAUGAGGACAGACAAAGAGUCGACAUCGAGUUUUUGGACAAAUAUGCUACCGACACAUGGGAGACAAUUCUCCACUUCAUGGUAGGAACGUCAGUUAAAAAAAUCCCUGGUGAAGGUGUUCUCAGUUUGUUACGUCGGGGUGGGUUGAUGACGGGAACAAAAAAUCAAGUUCGAAUUACCCAUUCGGGCUUCCAGUUCUUGCUUCAAGACAUUAAUACACAAAUUUGGACACUUUUACUAGAGUACCUGAAGCUUUCAGAAGACACGCACAUGGAUCCCGUGCAAGUGUUGCACUUUCUCUUCAUGUUGGGCAGUUUGGAAUUAGGUCGAGAUUAUUCAGUUCACUUCUUGACCGAUACUCAACAAAUCAUGUUAGAAGACUUACGCGAGUACGGCCUAGUGUAUCAAAAAAAAUCAUCAUCCCGGCGGUUUUACCCGACUCGUCUUGCUACUAGUUUAACCACUGAGUAUCAUUCACCAGUCAAGGGUGCGGGAUCUGAUGCCGGGAAAGGGUUUAUUAUUGUCGAGACAAAUUAUCGUUUAUACGCUUACACAGACUCACCGCUUCAAAUCGCCAUUCUUGGUCUUUUUACCAACUUACGUGCUCGGUUUUCCAAUUUAAUUGUUGGUGUUAUUACCAGAGAUAGUAUUCGGCGGGCAUUGCAAAGUGGUAUUACGGCAGAGCAGAUUAUCACAUAUUUAACGACACACGCACAUCCCCAAAUGCGGAAAGAGAUUCCUCUCCUGCCGCCUACUUUAGUUGAUCAGAUUUAUCUUUGGGAGUUAGAACGGAAUCGGUUGCGGGCGACUCCUGGUAUAUUAUUUCGCGACUUCCUCACGGACAAAGAUUUUGAAAAAGCUGUUCAAUAUGCAAAGGAGCUUGGUGUUCUUGUUUGGGAUAGUUCAUUAAAACGAAUGUUCUUUAUUACAAAUGCUGGUGCUCAACCGAUGAUUAACUUUCUAAAGCGCAGAAAGUAA